UGUUAGUGGGGGUAGGAACACUAAAUGCACUGACUCCCAGGGUGUUGUGUGGAGGAGGAAGAUCAUGGCCGCUGUGAUGAUGAGGAUGGUGCACACUUCGUUCCGGCUCGGUUCGGGUCGCUUCUGGUUCUCUGCGCCUGGAGCUAAAUCAAUUAGUUUGCAUGCUUCGAAACCUCUUCCAGAACGGGUGAAGAUCGUGGAAGUUGGACCCAGAGAUGGACUGCAGAAUGAGAAGACCAUCGUUCCAGCCGAGGUGAAGAUCCGUCUGAUCGACAUGCUCUCAGACGCGGGACUUCCUGUCAUCGAGGCCACGAGUUUUGUCUCGCCGAAAUGGGUGCCACAGAUGGCUGAUCAGGAGGAAGUGAUGCGUGGCAUCAACAGGAAGUCUGGAGUGAAUUAUCCAGUGCUGACUCCUAACCUGAAGGGCUACAGAGCUGCUGUGAAGGCUGGAGCGAAGGAGGUGGCGAUAUUCGGUGCCGCCUCGGAGCUCUUCAGCAAGAAGAACAUCAACUGUUCGGUGGAGGAGAGUCUGCAGCGCUUCGAGGAAGUGAUCUCGGUGGCCAAACAGGAAGGCGUCCCUGUACGAGGGUACGUGUCAUGUGUCCUGGGAUGUCCUUACGAAGGCACAGUCUCGCCUCUGAAGGUAGCCGAUGUUGCGAAGCGCCUGUACGUGAUGGGAUGUUAUGAAAUCUCGCUGGGCGACACGAUCGGAGUGGGGACGCCGGGCGGCAUGUCCGAGAUGCUGGAGGCGGUGAUGAAGGAGGUGCCGGUCGACGCCCUGGCGGUUCACUGCCACGACACGUACGGCCAGGCGCUCGCUAACAUCCUGGUCGCUCUGCAGAACGGUGUUAGCGUCGUGGACUCGUCAGUCUCGGGGUUGGGCGGCUGCCCCUAUGCUCAGGGGGCUUCAGGAAACGUGGCCACAGAGGAUGUGGUGUACAUGUUGCAUGGACUCGGCAUCCACACGGGUGUAGACCUGCAGAAGCUGAUGGACGCCGGAUCGUUCAUCUGCCGCUCUCUCGACAGAAGAACCAGUUCCAAAGUCGCUCAAGCGUCGUGUAAACUGUGACCUCAACGUGAGAUUUUGUGUUUGUGUCUCUGUGAAUGUUUUGUCUACUGUGCCUCCACCCUGUUCUCUGCAAUCUGCUCAAUUGAAUUCCGAAUCUGCCAUUUCCUGCAAAAGAACAGGAAACACCGAGAGCCCCUCUGAGCCUAAUGAACGGAUGUACGAUCUCGUGUAUGCUUUAACCUUCACCACACGCAGUUUCCAACCGAUGCACACUUUCCAUUUGGUCCCAUAAUCGAAGGAAGCCACAUGAAACAGUGGCUUGUUUUCAGGAGACACUGGAAGAUUUCUUAUGAAUAGGUCUGUAAUUAUGUACACACACACUUCAUGUCUGUUUAUUAGGGAAGAACAUAGAGAGACUGCUUCUUGUCUGGGUGCCUUGAAUUUGACGUGUGUGUGUGUGUGUGUGUGUGGGGUUGGCAGGCAGCGAGCUACAGUCUGGUAUAAAUAUACAGAAGCAAACUGUCCUUUGUCUUCCAAUCAGAGAAGCAUUUCAAGUUCUUGUUCUGGCUGCCUCCAUAUUGUCAUUUUCAGCUCUUUAACGUGCCUGAAAUCCCGCUAUUAUCUUCUCAACAAGGUGCUCAUCAACACCACUCGCUAACCACCGUUAUCCUUUUCAGUAAGGUGACACGAUCGUUGUCAGGUUCAUCGCAACUCCCUGAUUCACAGUCCAGUCCUGUUUUCGAGCCCUAAUAUGGUCCUGCAAAAAGCCGCAUCCUUUCCAGAAGCUCUGACGCCGGUCAUUUCGAAGAGUCCCGUGGAUCAAAGUGUCGUCGCUGGUUCUCACGUUAAUGUUGCUCGGUAUUUCCGCCCGUACCACCAAAAUCAAAACAUGAUCAUAUAAAUGAUAAGCGUUUAAUUCGCUGCAGUGUGAAGUACAGAACAGGGGGUUUAAGUCAAAUAAACUACCAAUUGGAGUAUUUUUAGAAAUGGAAAAAAUUGCCUUAUAGUGAUAGUGUUGGAUUCUUGAUUCUGAUUGGUCAAAUGGUGGGUGGUGGUUAAUUUACUGUUACAGCAGCUUUCGACCAUGUCCACACUAUAAAACGUCUUUUAUUCGAGAACGAAAUUACCGCUUUGUGGGUAAAUGUAUUUGUUAAUAUUAUAAUAUGUAUGUGUGCGCGUUAGUUUUUUCCGCUUUAUUAACUUUGAGAGGAAAAGUGAAGGCUGGUGAUGAGAGAUGUCGAUAGCUGCUAUGAUGUAAGUGAAGGUAGGUGGUAGCUCAAUGGUUGGCCUCUGGAUUGGAAGGUCACAAGUUCAAAAGCCAGCACACACAAGCUGCCACUGAUGGGGCCCUUGAGCAAGGCCCUUAACCCCCCUCUACUUCUCAGUUGUUCUGGAUGAGUGCGUAAGUGUAUGUGGAAACAGAAUGUAACCUGCUUCCUGGUUCGUUGAACCAACACGGUUUGAUAAAUGCAACAAUAAAAGGAUAAAAAGUGCACUUUCUUUCUUUAAUGAAGGGUACAAAGGGGAUCAAAUAAUUCAGGAAAACUCUUAUCGGAAAAUAAUCUCCAUUGGCAGAAUCCGAACAGAUUAUUGUUACUAUGCAGUGCAAAUUUCAGGUUCCAGUCAAUCGAGCGACGCUGCUACUAUUUAAUCCAGAAUGAAGAAUUCAAAGAGAAAGGCGUGAGAAAGGCGCAUGCUACUGUCGGGUUUCUCCUCUAAAAGAGAAGGUUGUUGUAGGUCGACUGUGGAGAUGCAGCAGGACGGAGUUUACUGUGCUGUUGAAUUUAUUCUGUCGUUUGUGGUUCUCACGGCCUGACAUAAAGCAGACGUUCCAUCACCGCUGAGAAGGUUUGCGAGAAGGUUUAUUACCGUCUACACACACACUAUUUCCAUUUCCUUUCUGUUUACGGACCCUGAAUAUAUACAGUGUUUGAUUAAAAGAUUUUUUUUUUUCUUUACGUCUGUACAUCAUCUGUAUAUUUACUUACUUGAUAAAUGCUUUAUUCAAAUAAAUGAUGGUUCUGGAAUAAGUA